AUGCCGAAGGCAAAACAGACGAAGAAAGACGCGAUGUUUCAAAAAGAGAGAAUCGACUACCUCCUCAAAAUAUCGUCUCUGAUGGCCGAGUUUCACCCCGUCACUGGACAACACUGCGGACUUGCUAUUCGCGAUAUGCUCCACAAAACAUUGAAAUCGUUGACACCAACGUGGAGAAUUAGGUUUUGCAGGAGGUGUUGGACACCACAUGUCUUCUCGAAGAAGAGAGUCGUCAGAAGGAAUAAAAAGCCGUGUGUUGUGCUUGAGUGUUCCCAUUGUAAACACAAACAAUAUGUGUUUCUGACCAAGAGCGUAAAACUCCCAAAACCAACGACCAGCAGCGAACAACAAACAUGUUCUUCCCAACAACCUCAUUAA